UUCUUGGAGCCAAAGAUUAAAUAAAAUAAGCAGCUGGGACGGGGAGGAUUAUAUUAUUAAAACAUUGUUUGGAUUAUGAGACGAGAUCAGAACUAGACCUUGUUCUUUUUGACAAUAUCUAAACAUGGCUCCAAUUGAUAGGAGGAAACAGAAAACUUCAUCUAAAGAAGAGUCAGCCUAUGUGGAACCAUGGCGAAAUCUUCCAGAAAAGCUACUCAACUUUCUCAAAAAGCAACGGAGACGUUCAAAUUUAAUUGAAUCCAUAGGUCCUGCUGGUGUUACUAAAUCAUGGAGAUGCGCUUCCAAGAAAUGUAGUUCGAUUGCACAAUCACCAUGGCUUGAGCUUUCAAAUGAACCUCAAUACUAUUGCAAAACUUAGCAGCAUACCUUCAACCUCACGUUCGAAGAAUCUGGUUGCUAUUGGUGGCAUGGCAGAACAAGGCCACGUUAUGAUCCUUGGAAGCAUUUUCACUGCUACUCACCUUGGUCGAUUGUGGAUGGAGAAAGGAUACCUAUUGAUUACUGCUUUCUGAAUAGUUCCCGAGGAGGCUAUGGUUAUUGGGAUACUCCCCCAUCCGAUCGCAAAGAAUCAUUUUUAUUUCCUUAUUCCAAUUAUGGUUCGGACCGUUGUUGUUUCCCAACUUUUGUGGUUCAUCAGUUAGGACAAAACCAAAAUUGGAUGAAACAAGAACGUAAUCAAAAUGGCCUAAUUGAUCCGAAUGAUCCUAAGGGGAAACUGAUACAAUUCUGUAAUGCCAUUAUCUUUGAUAGGAAGUUUUAUGCACUAAGUUUGCAGGGUACCCUUGCAGUAAUAGAAGCGAGUCAUGAAUCUCAGUUUCAAGUCACGCGAUUAAGUAGAAAACAAGCCAUUCCUUCAAACUACUCAAAGUGGUUCGUUGAGUACUUUCUUGAGUCUAAUGGGGAAAUCUUGCUCAUUUUCUUGAUCUCAGAAAGAUCAGGCAGGAUAGUGGACAAAGUGGAAGUGUUCAAGCUGCAGAUUGAAGAUUUGUCAUUGUUAAAGCUGGACAGCCUUGGAGAUAGAACGUUAUUCGCGGGGAUUAAUUGCUGUAUGUCAGUGCCUGCAAGUCAAGUUGGCUGCAGAAACAACUGUGUCUAUUUUACUCAUCAUUCCAUUGAUGGUUGGAGAUUGUAUGAUAUGAGAAGUGGUUACAUUUCCCCUUGUUAUGAUGAUGCUGGUUCCGAGAUUAAAAACCCAACUUGGGAGGAGCCAAUAACCGGAAAAUCAUCAUGAGUACGACGAUGAAACACAUUUAUUUCUGAUUCAGGAUCUCAUGUAUGUUGUAUUAUCAUUCUAACAUGUCGUGUGAAAUUGGACAUAAAGUAUAACUUGUUGAAAACAACUCUUAUAUCGAGAAGAUCCGUUUGAUACCAUUGUUGGCUUUUUUUAAAAAGAUAUUCUUUUUGCAAUCCCUUCUUUUUACUUCAGUUACAAAAACUCGAAAAAACACCUCCUCAAAUUCAGGUUUGUGCUGUUCAAAAUCAUCACUACAUUCCCUUGUUGUUGCUGGUUCAAAGCGAAAAAUAUCAUGGAGAUGUUUGUUUUUUAUCAUGUGAUUUUUGUGAAACCGUAGCCUAAAAAUCUUCUUAUGUAAGUUACCUGUUUCAACCAUGAUCAGGUUCUAAUGGUGAUUUUUGUUCUGCCUAAAGUGAGAGUGCUUGUCUUAUCGUUAUCAUCCUCGAGAACUUUUGAAGCAUCCUGUUUGGUGACAUUACAUACUCUCGUUAUAUGCUCCAUUAUGCCAACUUUCAUAGCCUUUGUUCUUGACUAUUUUCCUGCUUCAUUUGAAAAUUUAUGUACGAUUUCCAUUUUCAAAGAUUACAGCAAGUGAUUCAAUGCUAGCAACAAUAACAAGUUCAUCAUCAUCUUUAUCUGGUUGUUUUAGAAGAUAAGGAAUCAAGCCUUGCCACUUUUUGAUACUAAUGCUCCAUCCAUCCAUCCAUGCCCGAAAGAAUGAGAGUCCAGUUUGAUAUUGCUGCAGCAACCACAUAUAAUUUCCAUGGAUUCUUAUCUCUCUAAAAAGUCUUUUCAAGCCACGAGAGGGACAACAGACAAGCACUCUAAUUGCGACAGAUAAUUUAGACUUUACUAGCAUUCGAGGAAGAAACACAAGUGAAUGAGUCAACAACUCGUCCACGAGCUUGAGUUUGCUGUUUGUUUUGUUAUGGAAUGUAGUUUGAUUCUUCAGGAUCUGUCCUUUAGGGGGAUACUUGGUGAAUGAGAAAUUGAUUUAUUCAUAAUUGAAAACCUUAGCAAAGUAGCCGGAGAACAUAAUGAUAUUUCUCAUUCAAUUGUUCAAGUAGCCCUGGAGAACAUAAUGAUUUUUCUUAGUAACAAUUCUUUUAUACACCCUGAUAAAUCUUUAUUCAUUUUACAAUGUAAACACAAAUUAGAUAUCUGCAACUGGAUCAUUACGCUCAUACAAGCUUCUUCAUAUAUUAGGAUCCAAUGGAACAAUAAUCAUAGUGGU